AUGACAGCCCAGCGCACCGCCGUCACACAGACCCAGUUCUGCCUGUGCUUUCUUGUGGUCUUCAUGCUUUUGGGGAAGUCACACACUGAAGAAGACUUCAUAGUCACAACCAAGACUGGAAGAGUACGGGGGCUGAGCCUGCCUGUUCUGGGUGGCACAGUGACUUCCUAUCUGGGAAUCCCCUAUGCACAGCCUCCUCUCGGUAGGCUAAGAUUCAAAAAGCCACAACCGUUAAACAAGUGGUCUGGCAUUAAGAAUGCUACCAAAUAUGCAAAUUCGUGUUAUCAGAACAUAGAUCAAACCUUCCCAGGCUUCCCGGGGUCAGAAAUGUGGAAUCCGAACACAGACCUCAGUGAAGACUGCUUGUAUCUGAAUGUUUGGACUCCAGCACCCAAACCGAAAAAUGCCACUGUCAUGGUAUGGGUUUAUGGAGGUGGCUUUCAAACUGGGACAUCCUCUCUGCCUGUUUAUGAUGGGAAAUUUCUAGCACGGGUUGAAAGAGUUAUUGUAGUUUCGAUGAAUUAUAGGUUAGGCGCCCUAGGAUUUCUAGCUUUACCUGGAAAUUCGGAGGCUCCGGGGAACAUGGGUUUAUUUGAUCAACAGUUGGCACUUCAGUGGGUCCAAAGAAACAUAGCUGCCUUUGGAGGGAAUCCUAAAAGUGUAACACUUUUUGGGGAAAGUGCAGGAGCAGCUUCAGUGAGCUUACAUUUGCUUUGUCCCCAGAGCUACCCCUUGUUUACCAGAGCCAUUCUGCAAAGUGGAUCCUCAAAUACCCCCUGGGCAGUAAAGUCUCCUGAGGAAGCCAGAAAUGGAACUUUGGCCUUAGCUAAAUUUACUGGCUGCUCAAAGGAGAAUGACACAGAGAUGAUUGAAUGCCUUCAAAAUAAAGAUCCUCAGGAAAUUCUGGUGAAUGAAAGGUUCCUUCUCCCCUCUGAUUCCCUGUUAUCGAUAAAUUUCGGUCCAACGGUGGAUGGUGAUUUUCUCACUGAUAUGCCCUUCACACUACUCCAACUUGGACAAGUGAAAAAAACUCAGAUCUUAGUGGGUGUUAACAAAGAUGAAGGGACUGGUUUUCUAGUGUAUGGUGCUCCUGGUUUCAGCAAAGACAAUGACAGUCUGAUCACUCGAAGGGAAUUCCAAGAAGGUUUAAAUAUGUAUUUCCCAAGAGUGAGCAGCUUGGGCAAGGAAGCAAUCCUUUUUUAUUAUGUGGACUGGUUAGGUGACCAGACACCGGAAGUCUACCGAGAUGCCUUGGACGAUGUUAUUGGUGAUCACAACAUCAUCUGCCCUGCAUUGGAGUUUACCAAGACAUUUUCAGACCUUGAAAACAAUGCCUUUUUCUACUAUCUCGAACACCGAUCUUCCAAAGUUCCUUGGCCUGAAUGGAUGGGAGUGAUGCAUGGCUAUGAAAUCGAAUUUGUCUUUGGCUUGCCUCUGGAACGGAGAUCUAAUUAUACGAGAGCUGAAGAAAUGUUGAGUCGAUCUAUAAUGAAGCUGUGGGCAAAUUUUGCAAAAUAUGGACAUCCCAAUGGGACCCAGAACAAUAGCAAAAUGUGGCCUGUCUUCACAAGUACUGAACAAAAAUACCUAACCUUGAACACAGAAAAAUCAAGAAUAAACUCUAAACUUCGUGCUCCACAAUGCCAAUUUUGGAAUCUAUUUUUCCCUAAAGUCGAGCAAAUGACAGGAAAUAUUGAUGAAACAGAACAAGAGUGGAAAGCAGGAUUCCAUCGAUGGAGCAAUUACAUGAUGGACUGGAAAAAUCAAUUUAACGAUUACACUAGCAAGAAAGAGAGUUGUAUGGGUCUUUAA